AUGUCUCAAACAACUAUCAAGACUCCAAAGACAUAUCACUUAAAGCUAGUAUUAUUGGGUGAUGCAUCAGUAGGUAAAUCAUGCCUAGUUGUUAGGUUUGCUAAGGACGAAUUUAGUGAAUACCAGGAACCGACAAUAGGAGCAGCUUUCAUGACCCAAUCUGUGAAUAUUGAUGAUGACUACAUAGUAAAAUUUGAAAUUUGGGAUACUGCAGGCCAAGAGAGAUAUAGAAGUUUAGCCCCAAUGUAUUACAGAGGUGCUGCAGCUGCAAUAGUCGUAUAUGAUAUUACAAAUUCUGACUCUUUUGAUGGUGCUAAGUCUUGGAUUAGUGAGUUAAAAAGUAUUAAUAAUAAUGAUAUUGUCAUAGCUCUUGUUGGAAAUAAAUGUGAUCUUGAAGGAAAUAGAACUGUUAGCAGCGAAAUUGCGAGAUGUUAUGCAAAAGAGAAUGAUAUUUUAUAUCUUGAAACAUCUGCUAAAACUGGACAUAAUGUUCAAGAAAUUUUUGAAGAAAUAGCAAGGAAGUUGCCUAAUUCUAAGAGGUUUGAUAGAAGUGAUUUUAGCGAUCCAAAUAAACUAAAGAAAAGUACUGGCUUUCACUUGAUUAGCUCAACUGAUUUUACAAUAAAUUCUGUUUGCCCUUCAACCUGUUCUAGUAGCUAG